AUGUCCUGCACCACCUGCACGGCCCGCAGGGGGCGCCGAGCCCUGUCCCCACACCCGUGUGGCGCAUGCGCACUUUGCCCCUGGUCUUCCGGCUCUCCCCGAGCUGCUCAGCCUUCCAAGGACUUGGGAAGUCCUCUCUGGGGCUUGGGGGACGUGGGGCCAUGCCCACAGGGACAGGAACACGGCUUCUACGGGCCCGCUGUGGAGGCUUGGGGGAAGGUGGGCCUCACAUCUCCACCAGCUGCAGCCAGACUCCUCAGGACCCGCUGUGGAGGAUUUGGGAGGACUUGGGGCCACGUCCACAGGGACAAGAACCUGGUCUCCUCAGGAUCCGCUGUGGAGGAUUUGAAGGGAUGUGGGGCUGCAGACACAGGGACAGGAACCCAGUUUCCACAGGCCCCACUGUGGAGGCUUGGGGGGACAUGGGCCCACGUCCACAGGGACAGGAAUCCGGUCUCCUCAGGACCCGCUGUGAAGACUUCGAGAGGACGUGGGAUCGCGUCCACAGGGACAAGAACCCGGUCUCCUCAGGACCCGCCGCAGGAGGAGCAGAUUCAGGCUUGUUUCCGGGAAGAAACCCUAACAAAUUCAGAAGCAUGGGAGCUGCAUUCAAUUAGGACGUGGAUACAUGAAAUGCUCGUCUCAGGACCUUCUAGAAGAAUGAGCUGGGACGCACGUUCGGAGUCCUGCUGGAACCAGAGACCGAGUCUAUGCAAGUCAGAAUCAACCUCCAUCCGCCUCCAUCCUUUAUGAGACCUAAGACGUGAUGCAGCUCCAAUGGGAAAUAUCAGUUGUGUCUCUACCAAGGAUGCAGAAAAAGACAAGAUUCAGGCUUGUUUCCAGUAAGAAACGCUGACAGGAAUUCAGAAGAACGGGAGCUGCAUUCCAUUAGGACUUGAAUACACGAAAUGUUCGUCUCAGGACCUUCUAGAAGAAUGAGCUGGGACCCACUUUCCGAGUCCUGCUGGAACCAGUGACCGAG